CCCUCACGUGUGGGACGGCCCAGCGUGCCAUAAAUUCUAGCUUAUAAAGGGCACGUACUGAGCCUAACUGUGAAGGGUGAGAGGAAGUGGACACCGAGGCUGGCCAUAAGCAGCCCCGCUCAGCAGACACACAGAUCUCGGUGGAGUCAACAAAUCCGGAUUGAGUCUGUUCUUGCAGGCCAGAGUGAGAUGAGAGGGUCACUGCAGGAAAAGGGCCCACCAUCUGCAAAGCUCUCCCUUGGGGGAUAUCAACCUGAUCUCUAGGCCCAGAGAGAAGGGAGUCAUGACCCCCGCACACUCACCAACUGUAUCUCUCUUCACCUGGAGACUGGCGUUAUGGCUGUAUCUUACCCACGAGAAACAGAGCCACCGAGAAGUCAGAAACACGCUCCCAAUUGCACAGCAAAAUUGACUCAUUCUUUGGGGUGCUCCUUGGAGGCCUUCCCGACCAGUUCCUACCCUCCUGUCUAUGACAUGCUUUCCCCUCAGCAUGGACCUGGCCACACAGAACACACCUUCCAGGCUUCAGAGGCUUUAAUGAAGAGCUCUCCAGCCCCAGCCUGAUGUGGGGGCCUCUCCUCUCCUGCCGUGCCGGCCCUGGGGAAUGGGGCAUGUCUCCGCAUACCCACAAGCCUGCACAAAGCCAAACUGGGGCAGCGAGUCCAAGAGCACUGCAGCAUUCACCAACUGCAGCUCCAGCCGCCGCCGCCCGAGCCUCCUUGGCCUUCCGCAGCCACCGCCGCCGCCAGCACCAUGGCCAGCACCCUGUCCGCCUACAAGGAGAAGAUGAAGGAACUGUCAGUGCUGUCGCUCAUCUGCUCCUGUUUCUACUCACAGCCGCACCCCAACACCAUCUACCAGUAUGGGGACAUGGAGGUGAAGCAGCUGGACAAGAGGGCCUCUGGCCAGAGCUUCGAGGUCAUCCUCAAGUCCCCUUCUGACCUGUCCCCCGAGAGCCCAGUGCUCUCCUCUCCCCCCAAGAGGAAGGACACCUCCCUGGAGGAGCUGCAGAAGCGGCUGGAAGCAGCUGAGGAACGAAGGAAGACGCAGGAGGCGCAGGUGCUGAAGCAGUUGGCCGAGCGGCGCGAGCACGAGCGCGAGGUGCUGCACAAGGCGCUGGAGGAGAACAACAACUUCAGCCGCCAGGCCGAGGAGAAGCUCAACUACAAGAUGGAGCUCAGCAAGGAGAUCCGCGAGGCGCACCUGGCGGCGCUGCGCGAGCGGCUGCGCGAGAAGGAGCUGCACGCAGCGGAGGUACGCAGGAACAAGGAACAGCGAGAGGAGAUGUCUGGCUAAGGGGCUGUGGGCCACAGGCGCCUGGAUCCUGAGAGGCGACAUCAGCACAUGCGGGCUCUGGUUUCGUCUUGUCCUACUUUGUCUAGAUGCAACUUUUGUCCCUGCACCCUCCUUCCCUCCCCUGCACUCCCAGCUCCUGCUUCUCUUUCCGCUCCGAGCUGUCCAGUCCUGCACAGGCUCUCCAUCAAGUAGCCACCACGGCGUGGCACACAGUCCCUCGGUUCAGGCACCAGGCCAGGCAGUGGCUGGGUCCCCUGUUGGUGGCCCUCUUAGAUGUGGUGGCAGCAUCAAUAAAUACCGUGGUGGUAGCAGGAA